AUGUUGUCCCUUCCAAUAUCUGGGCCUAAACAACCUGGAAAUGACAUUGAUGUGUAUCUAGCGCCUCUCAUUGAAGAUUUGAAAUUGUUGUGGAAUGAAGCUUAUGGGAAUUUGUCGGGGUACACUGUGAAGGGAACAAUUCCUUGCCCCAUUUGUGAAGAUGAUUUGGAGGCAUUGCGCCUAGACAAUUGUGGCAAGCAUGUAUACAUGGAUAAUCGAAGACAUCUUCCAGAAGACCACCCUUUUCGAUUCAAUAAGGAUGCUUUUAAUGGAAAAGUGGAGUUGAGAGAAGAUCGUGGCCCUUUACGUGCAAGUGGGGUUUAUCAGCGGGUCAAAGACAUUGAGAAUGAGUUUGGAAAGACAAAGGAUGGAGUUAAAGUAAGAAAAGACAUGGCUGCUAUGGGUCGUUCAGAGUUGGCACCCGAAUCUCGAGGAAAACGCUGGUAUCUUCCCCCAGCUUGCUUUACCUUGUCUAAAAAGGAAAAAACUAGCUUCUGUGAGUCAUUGCAUGGUUUAAAGGUCCCGACUGGAUUUUCUUCUAAUUUUUGUAGACUUGUGUCAAUGUCUGACUUGAAAUUGGGUGACAUGAAAUCUCAUGAUUGUCAUGUCUUUAUGCAACAAUUAUUACCAGUUGCCAUUCGAGGAAUUUUUCCACCUCAAGUGAGCAAGGUCAUAAAUCCAAGUAUUUUAGAUGACUUGCAAGCAGAUGUACUUGAGACAAUGUGUCGAUUUGAAAUGUAUUUUCCCCCAUCUUUUUUUGACGUGAUGCCUCAUUUGGUUAUUCAUCGUGUACGUGAAAUUAAACUUUGUGGACCAGUGUGUAUGAGAUACAUGUAUCCUUUUGAACGAGAAAUGGGUGACUUAAAGGGAAAAGUCAUGAAUCUGGCCAAACCUGAAGCUAGUAUUGUACAACGAACAGUUGCUGAGGAAGUGGCAGCAUGGGUUGCUCAAUAUCUUGCACGUUCACAGAAAAUUGGGUUGCCAAAGUCUCGACACGAUGGGAGGCUUGGAGGUCAAGGUACUAUUGGCAGGAAAAGGAUAUCCAUGGGCUUUGAAAUGAAAAAUAAGGCCGAGCUUUUUGUGUUGCAAAAUCUUAGUGAGGAACGAGUGAUGUCCCAACUAUCCACCACACCUAACGAUAUAUCUGACACAUUGAGAUGGUUGGCAUAUGGUGCUAAAUGUCAAGUCAUGUCAUAUGAGGGAUACGACAUCAAUGGGUAUUCUUUUUACACUAGCCGACAAGAUGACAAGUCAACAAUGCAAAACAGUGGUGUUAAAGUAGUAGGUUUGUCAUCUGAGUAUGUUAGUGCACAUGAUAAAACACUUGUGGAUAAGAAGAAAUUUUAUUAUGGAAUCAUUGAAGAAAUAAUAGAGCUGGAUUAUGUUGAUUUCAAGAUUCCUCUAUUUCGAUGUAAGUGGGCUGAUAGUAGCCGUGGUGUAAAAAAAGAUGAACAAGGGAACUUGACCCUUGUAAAUCUUGGUCGACGAGGGCAUCUAGCUGAUCCAUUUAUAUUUGCUUCACAAGCAAAACAAGUUUUUUACAUGGCUGACCCAGCUAAUUGUAAGUGGUCAGUUGUUUUAGAAGGUAAAAGAAGGAUUCUUGGCAUUGAAGAUGUGGUGGACGAGGAAGAAUAUGAUGAGAAAUUUAAUGAGUCACCACCUUCCGUUUGGAGCAUCCCUCCAAUAGUCGAUGAUUUUGACACAACGUUGAAACGAAAAGAUCAUAAUGAAGGAUUUUAUGUCGCAAAAGAGAAGAAUGAAGUAGGUAAGUAA